CAGCUUGCCAGCUUUUUAGUCGAAAUCUGACAACUCACCAGCAUGGACUACCUACGCGUCUGUCUGCUUAUUUUGUUAGUCUGUUUAGUCGGUGCCCAUGCAAUUACAGGUGAGAUGCCCACGUUCCAAGGCCUGUGCCAGUUGCAAGGCGACUGGUGCACUACCAACUGCCAGAUAGCCGGUGGACGGGACGGACUUUGCAACAAGGUGGGCCUCUGCAUCUGCAGACCCUUGUAGUGGUGGUGCUAACGUGACGUUUAGACAAAUCGGAAUAAAGGCGAACAUAUUUACAAUUGCGAA